AUGCCAUUGUAUAAAGAAGAAAACUUUUUGGUAGUGCAUCCAGGAUCACAAUAUACUAUUUUCUCAUUUGGAUUACAGGAUUCACUUUCACCACCACAAUAUAAAAUUCCAUCAAUCAUAUAUCAAGAUUCAAUUACCAAGGAUUAUAAAUCAAAAAGACAGAAUGAACAAGAUAUAGAGAUUCAUCCAAUAAAAGCUUCGAAUAUUGUUGAUUUGGAUGCUUUCAAUUAUUUAUUGAAAAUCAUUUUACAAAGUAUCAUUACCAAUAAUCCAAUCAUAACUAUCAAUCAAAUCCCCUUGUUAUUGAUUGUACCUUCAUUAACUUGGUCAAGAAGUAGUAUAGAGUAUAUUACUAAACAUGUUAUUGAAUCUUUAGAAUUCACUGCUUUUAAUAUCCUCGAUAUGUCAUUGGCAGCCACAUUUGGAGUUGGAUCAGCUACCAAUUCAGUAGUUGUCAAUGUGGGAUAUGAAACAAUUCAGAUUGUUCCAGUUGUAGGAUAUCAAAGUAUUAAAUAUGCUGGUAAGAUUUUGAAAAAUGUUGGCGGGAAAACUUUAAAUGAAGAAAUGAAAAAAGUGUUGCCAAAUUCUUUUACUGAUCAACAAAUUGAAGAUUUAAAAUGUUCUGGUAUUUAUGAAGUUCUGAAUGAUGAAGAUGGAUUUUAUUCAUUACGAGAAUUAAAUGAAGAAAAUGGAGGUGAACAUUUUGAUGUGGCAAAAAUUGUCACAACAGAUGGAGGUGCUGUUGGAAUAAAUAAUACCACAACCAAUGGGAAUAAUGAAGAAGAAAAGCCUAAUAAAGAAUUAGAAAAUAAUUUCUUUAUAGACUCCGUAACUGGUGAGAAAGUUUGGGUUGGUAAAGAAAGAUUCUUGGGUGCUAAUAAGUUGGUUGAAAAGAUUGCUCAAGGGAUAUAUGAAUCAUUAUCCUUAAUUCCAGAUAUUGAUAGAAGACAAGAUUGUUAUGAUAAUAUUAUCCUUAUAGGUUCUACAUUUAAGAUUCCAGGAUUGAAAGAAGCUUUAUUAAUUAAAUUAACUAAAAGCUAUUUGGUAAGAGAUCCAGAAGCAAAUAAACAAAAAACAUAUGAAGGAAUUAAUUCAGCCAUCUUAAAGUAUCAACAAGCAGAUGAUGACGCCGAUGGAGAAUCUACAACUGGAGUUAGCCAAGUCCCCAAUUCAAUUAAAUUGGCUAAAUAUCCUGACUAUUUCCCGGAAUGGAAGAAACCAAAGGAAAGAAAUGGAUCAUGGGAAGAUGUUUAUUUCUUGGGUGGUGAAAUUUACAGUAAACAAAUCUUUUCUUCCGGUUCAAGUCAUGGACGUGAAUUGUUUGUUGGAAGUGAAGUUUAUGAAGAUCGUGGACCUCAAAGUAUUUGGGAUGUAAGUAUUUAG